AUGAAUUACAGUGCCUACCUCGUCCGCACCACCCACCCCACCAGCCUCCGCCAGAUCCAGAGUACACCUGCACCUCCCCUUCGUCGACAGAAGAUUGGUAGAUACCCAGAUCGCGAGACUUGGCAAGCACGCAUCCUACCUUACCCAGCAGACAGCGGUUUGCAGGACCAGAAUAAGUACCAAGCUCGGCUCCGGACAAAAGCGGCCCGACAACCCAGACCAACGAUGUCAUCAAGCCAGGCAAAUGGGGCCAUGCGAGAUCCAAGGCCUUGUUCUGCCAAGGUCCCCGAGACAAGGUUGGCUUGGCUGCUUGGGGAGAGCGGAGUGGGGAAGCGUGUGUGGGCUUUUGCUAUUGUGUUUGAUGGGAGGGUUCUUGAUCAGCAGGAUGCUUAUUAG